AUGUCCACCUCCAUUCUAUCCGCCACCAGCACAAGCACGAGCAAUAAAAGCAGUGAUUCCAAACACUCCUCCAAAGUCCAUAAAUUCGCCAAACAGGCACAGAAACUGUCCUUGGGCGGUGGCAGGGAUGAGCAGCAACAGCAAGAGAAUGCAGCCAUCGCGGCUCGGUUCGUGACGCCGCGCGACGCGAUUAUUGAGACGGUCGAUGGGGAGAGAUUACCCGCUGUACCGGUUGAGGAAGCGAAGAAAUUGAAUCGCUUACGAGAUGAGGCUAUCGACAGCGACGCAAAUGGUCCAGGAAAUUUGGACGACGUCGGCGGAGAGGACGAUGAGUUUGAGAUGAAAAAUGGCACCAGCGAAAAACGAGAAAUUUCUCCAGAGGGACACGGCGGACCCCUCGAUCACGCGAAACCGCCUGCCCAUACGCAUCCAUUGUUUCCGCCGUUGCCACUUUAUGGCCCUUCGUCGCUGCUGCGCACGUUGCAGUGUCAGACUUUCCGCGUGGUGUCGUUUUGGCUUUCGCUUUCGUUUUUGGGUGUGAUCAUUAUCGGGUCUUGCGUUAAUGGAAUACGCCCUGGAAUCAGGAAACUGUGGGCGAGAGUCAGGGGCAAGAAUUUGGAUAUGGAGAGGCCGUUCUACAAGGAAGAAAUGGAGAGGGCGUCGAUAAGACGAGAACAGGCGAAACGAUGGGAGCGAAGACAACAAGUUACAAGCCCUACAGAUAUAAAACUCGCGAAAGAAGAAGGAAGGACAAUCAAUGCUGAGGAUCCCGAUUCGGAUUUUGAGUAUCCACCGCUGGAGGGUGGGCAUGAUCCUGUUGUUUGCGAUAUUGGGUACUAUGCCAGACGAGUCGGGUUGGAUGUGGAGACAUUCAAAGUACAAACAGAGGACGGGUUUAUAUUGAAGAUGUGGCAUGUGUAUAACCCGAAGGAGUAUACACCAUUACCCGAGAGUGAGCGAGGAUUCCGGCAACCGGAUGUGUUCUACGACCGGAAAACGAAGGAUUUCGCCCAGAAAAAUCGUCGAUAUCCAGUACUGUUGAUACACGGCUUACUACAAAGUUCUGGUGCUUAUUGUGUCAAUGACGAUGACAGUCUUGCGUUUUUCCUGUGCAAGGCGGGAUACGAUGUUUGGCUGGGUAAUAAUCGAUGUGGCUUUGAGCCUCAGCACAAGACUUUGAAAUAUUCCGAUCCUAGGAUGUGGUGUUGGAAUAUUCGUCAUAUGGGUGUACUUGAUCUUCCUGCUUUUAUCUCGAGGGUGCUGUACGAAACAGGCUUCGAGAAAGUAGGUCUCAUCUGCCACAGUCAAGGAACCACCGAGGCAAUGGUCGCCUUGGCAGAAGAUCAACGACCUGAUCUCGGCGAACGCAUUUCAGUAUUCUGUGGUUUGGCACCAGCUGCAUACGCCGGCCCAUUGAUCAAAAAGGCUUAUUUCAGGUUUAUGCGGAUUAUAUCUCCGAACGCGUUUCGACUUUUCUUUGGUAUUCACUGUUUUAUCCCGUUGAUGAUGACGAUGCACGGUUUGUUGCCGUCGCGCUUAUAUGGCGCGCUGGGGUAUCAGAUAUUUUCGUAUCUCUUUGACUGGAGCGAUAGACGCUGGGACCGCGGCCUGCGCGAUCGCAUGUUUCAAUUUUCGCCUGUUUAUGUCAGUGCGGAGAGUAUGCGUUGGUGGCUCGGCCGCGACGGCUUUGCAGUGCAGAAAUGUAUACUUGCUACCGAAGAACAAGGCUUGCGAGAAGAGGAAGAAGAUCGCGAAUACGACGAAAGCAACGACGAACCGGACAGCACCGCAGAACUUACCACUACGCCAUCAGACAGAAAACAAAGCGCGUGGUACGGUCCCAAAACACCGCCAUUCGCAUUCUGGGUUGCGGGAUCGGAUGGUCUCGUUGAUGGGCGGAGAUUGUUGAGGCGGAUACGGAAUGGGAGGGAACCGCACGUCAGGCUUGUGCAUGAGAAGGUUAUUGAGGGGUAUGAGCAUUUGGACGUGCUGUGGGCGAUGGAUGCGAUUGAGCAGGUUGGUAAGGAGGUUGCGGAGGUUGUGUGGAAGACUAUAUCGGAGGAAGAGAGGGGAAAGUGUCGAGUGCCUAAAUUUUGA